GCUGCAGGCACCACUCCUGAGCAAGGGAGCGUGGAGCAGCGAUGGCAAUGCACUGGGAUGCUCUCUUCAGGCGGUACCAGCUGCACCAGUACCCGGUGCUCAUGGAGCUCCAGCAGGAGGAUAUUAUCAGUAUUUGGAGCGGUGUGGCUGAGUACAUUCAACGACAACUACUGCUGAACAGGGGGGUGAAAAUCAAUGGACUCGGGACAUUCUUUGUUGUUAGACAAUAUUUACCAACAAGGAACAAUGACCUUCUUCCUGUUCAGAAACCUGUAUUUAAUCUAUCUGUGACUGUUGCAGCGGUUCACCAGAUCAAAUACACUAAUAGAGAAAUUCCUGGGGACGUGAUGAUUCUGCCAGUGUACCACCACAAGAUGCGCUUGGAGCCUUUCUUUCGCAAGAGGACAGUGGAGCGGUGCAUGGAGGAGACCCUGAUCUGUCUGUCUCGCCUUCUUGAAUACGCAUGCGAUGUGGACUUUGUUUUCAGAGACAUUGGUGUUCUCGUUAUCCGAGAAAUGAGAGUGCGGAUGAGAUUUUACAGAGAGUUCCUUGAAACUCUAGAUCAAACCGGGACCCUGGUAGAAGCUCUUCUCUCUGAUCCAGUGACAAAGGAUUCGGUCAUAACGGACAGGGAAGCCCUUGUUCCUCAAAGUGAUGACAGCGAUGCAGGUAUCUUCGUGUUUCCAAGGUUGGAGAUAAAGAGGGUAUGUAGACCACCAUUCUGGAAAACUCACAGAAAAAGAAUUGUGAAGCUCACCCAGGGAAAGAAGGCGGAGAAAGAAAUGGUUGAUGAGAGGAUUGCCAGGAAAGGGAGCCUUAUUGGAAAGCACCUCCUUGGCCAGGAGAGGAUUUCUUCAAUCAAGCUGACGGAGGAAAAAAGGGAGGAGAGAAAAGAGCCUCCUGUCAGCCAGCCGCCAGCAAUGAUGGAGAGCUCCCAGAAGGACGAGAAAGUUGAGAGCGAACACACUCCUGAUGACCAACCUCAAACUGUUAGUGAAGGUCACAAUAGAGCAGGAAAGGAGGUACAAUACCUGCCUACCCCAUGGGACCAAAGAAAUCGCUGGGCAACCUGGGACGAAGACAGGCGCAAGAAAGAAAGGGCAGACCUGGCAGCUGUACUAGCUAGGAGAGAAAAAGAAGAGCAGUGGAUGGCCAAGUUGAAACCUCUUUUAGAAGAAGUGGUUCCAGAGGGAGAAUAUGGCUAUACUCCAGGGCUGGCUGACAUCAAAAGAUGGAGGAAGCUUUUACAGAGCACAGAACAUUUGAAACCCUACUCUCUUGGGGAGAGUACACCCACCCUCAUCAGGAGAAAGGCAUAUGACCAAGGGCUGAAGGAGAAGAUUAAGCAGAAGUGGGGAAAAGCUGAGAACCCUAAGUCAGCAGAGAAGCAGAAAGAACUAAACCAGCUGAAGUUACUGCCAGAGGACCUUUUGGAGAUGAUCCAGCUACGAGACUGGGUGGUGAAAGGUAUCGGGAUGGCAAGCUCUGCAAAUGAGAUAUGAACAACCCUGGAGCAUCCAAUGCCCUUUCAGACACUACAUGCGCCUCCAGAUCCUGGCACAGUCUGGAUAAACUUCCACCUUUUUUUUUUUUUUUCCUUUGCAAGGCCGUUCAUUCUUUUGACUCUCUCACUGCAAUCACGUGCCUGCAAAUCUCUUGAUCAUCAUCCAAUGACAAUUAAUCUUUGCAAUAGAGUUCCAUAAUUCUCUUGAAUUCGAUCACAUUCCCAAAUUGGCGUGAAUCUUUCCUCCAGAGGGUGAAAGUUCUGCAGUGAGCGAGCUGUGGAGGGGCAGGGAAAGGACAGCCGGCAGAUGGGCUUAUGCUUUGAUCUCUGCUCCUAGGGCAGCUCUCUCCCAAGAUAUGCAGCACACAUGAUCUGUCUGCCCACCCACCUAUCGACCUACCUACCCAUUUGCCCUAUCACCCCCUCAUCUGCCUACUCCCCAGGUAUCUGCCUAUCCAUCCACUUCUUUAUAUACCCACUCGCCUAUCUACCUAAGUCUCUACCUGCCUACAUACCUGUCUCCCUCUACAUGCCUAACUGCCUAUCUGUCUCUCUCUCCCUACAGACAGGCAGCUCUCUGGAUAAGCUUUAUUUAUCUGUAGAGCUGGAAUUUCCUCUCCCUAUAGAUCUAUGUCUAUAUCAUGGCAUAUCUGAGCUCCCUGGUACCCCACCUCCAACCCAGUCUGGCUGAGGGUACUGUACUGAGAUCAGAUAGCUGAAACAACAUCUUUGAUGUUGUAAAGCCCCCACCUCUGCUUAUCCUUUUCCAGGUGGAGAGAGGCACUCUUUAUCCCCAAAGAAAGUUGGAGGAGCUGCUGCUUUCCCUGUUCUCUCCUUGAAAAACAACCUACUGGAAACGGAGCCUGCCUUACUUCUCUCUGCCUUCUGGGAAUAGGGUUGGGUCUGUAACCCUGCUGUGGGGUAAAGCAGGGCUCUUCUUUGCCAACACCCCAGUAAAUCCCCUUGGGCUGUUCUGUAGGCACAUGUCUCUAGAGCUAACAGCCUGUGCCUUCUACGUGCACAGCUCUCCUGGGCGUGGGCUUAGCGUUUCCUGGGCUGAUAUAAACAGGGUACUUUCCCCUUUUUUUCUUAUGAAGUGCUGGUAGGGCUCAAGCUUGAGGGAGUCUGUAUUUCAUUUUUAUUGGAUGAAAAGCAGUUAAGAGAAAUAUUCUGGGACUCUUCUUCCACUUUGCAACUGCUGUCGUGGGCCAAAUCAAGGUUGCAGAUGAGUAUUUUGGAGCACUACAGAGUCUUCAGCGAGAGGUAAGAUACAUUCUUGACAAUGGAGAGUGGAGACACUUAAUCCUAUUUCUUUUAGCUGUCUCCUUCCUCUAAUUAAGAUGACAGGUCUAAUGUGGAGGAGAUAAACUAGUCUCAUGCUUAUUCCUAUCCAGAGGUUUGUUACAGCAAAUUAUUUUAAGCAUCUGGUUGAUGGUGUUUUUUUAGAGAGUUUUAUAGGAAACUACUAUUUUCUGCAUUGGAAAGAAUCUUUAGGGAAAGUCAUCUCAAGUCUGUUUUGACAAUCCUGUCAGCCUUUCUCAAAUUCUGGGCGGCUUUAAACCUUUCUGUGAUCCUACUCUGAAUUGAAAACGAAACAUCUCCAUCAAGGCCAGGUGGGGACUUUUCAAACCAUUCUGGGGAAAGUGGUUGAAGUUAGCGUCCUUGCAAUCUAUUAUUAGAAGGGAUCUUUGCUUCUGUUUUGUACAAGUUCCUCCUACCUAGUGCUCCACACAACACGACGCAGCCUCUGGGUGAUUGCUGGCAGUACGGUCCUCCUACGGUCUGCAGAGCUGACGGCUGCCUGCCU